AUGAUCACUGGAUCCAACUUGGUAGAAUCCAAGAAUGCAAUCGACAUCGCAAAGCAAUAUCCGGGUAUCUGCUUCGCGACAGUGGGUGUCCAUCCUUGCUCGACUCAAGAUUUCGAAAGCUACCCAGGUGGUUCCGAAAAAUUCAUGCAAGAUUUACGCCAGUUAGCUCUCGAUGCGAAGGCAAGUGGACAUGCAGUCGCAUUUGGUGAGAUUGGGUUAGACUGGGACCGCCUAUUUCUGUCACCCAAAGAGAUACAACUCAAGUACUUCGAGGCGCAACUGGACCUUGCAAUUGAGCUUCAGCUGCCGCUCUUCUUGCAUAUGCGAAACUGCAACGAGGAAUUCACAGCUAUCAUCAAACCACGACUCGACAAACUGCCUAAACGAGGUCUCGUACAUAGUUUCACUGGCACGGCAGACGAGAUGCAUAGCUUGUUAGAGUUGGGCUUUGACAUCGGAGUCAAUGGGUGCAGUAUGAAAACGGAGGAGAACAUUGCGGUGAUCAAGCAAAUACCCAUGGAACGACUUCAAAUCGAGACCGAUGGACCAUGGUGCGAGAUUCGGCCAUCCCAUGCAUCGUCUCAGUACUUGAAGGAUGGUCCAUCAAUACCCAAAGCAGUCAAGAAAGAGAGAUGGCAGAAAGAAUACAUGGUCAAGGGCCGAAAUGAGCCUGCAACGAUUCCUUUGGUAGCUCACGUUGUCGCCAAGGUCAAGGAAGCUACUAUCGAGGACGUUUGCGAAGCGGCUUGGGAAAACUCAGUCCGGAUGUUUGGACUAGGCGAAGUCGCUCCCUGA